AGCCCGGCCGCCAUUUUGUUUCCUUGCUCGCCUCGCCUCGAAAAAAGACCUUAAAACAUCUGCUGAAAUGAACCGUGCGAGUGCAAAUCUGAGAGGGAGCCGGCUGUUCCUGAGCACUGCCAGCCUCAUCUGGGUCUCCAACCUGUCACAGAACGGGUCUGGUUGGAAGAUAGCACAACGGCGGUCUAAGCUCCCUGCUCAGGCAGGGUCACCCCAGAGCGCAUGGCACAAGAUUGCCAUAAGAUGGUUGUGGAAUACUCCAGUGAGGGACACUCCGCAGCCCUUGUAUGUUUCAUGUGUGGCCAUCAGCACAAUAAAGAACUAAUUCCUUAGGAACUCAUUCUACUCUCAGGUAGAAUUUCCUGUGUUUCAGUUUCCGCCUGUUGCCUCUUGUCCUAUUGCUUGGCACUGCUACGGAGAGCCUGGCUCCAUCCCCUUGACAGCCCCACUUUAGAUAUUUACACACAUUCAUGAGGUGCUCUCAGUUGUCUCUUGGACCGUGCUUUCCCCAGCCCAGGGAUUGGGCUGCACUGCUGCCCCUCACUUUGUAGGGCUCGCGGCUCUGGCAGUGCUUGGAAAAGUUCUCCAUCUAAGCAGAUGAGACAGACAAAUUAUCUAGUGUCCCAAAUUCUUUAUUCCUCCAGCAAUGAGGGAUGAUAGGACAGCCACAUAGGUUUUCCAGGAGCAGCCUGAGGAUCAGAAGUCCUUGGGGCUGGCCAUCAGCUCCGCUGCCAGGCUCUCCUCAUCUCCACUGCACAGCUGGGAUAAAGCACGAUGUUUUUGCUCUAAAAUAUCUCCUAAAGGCUUUUUCACUUUAGUCCAUCCCACGGGUCCGAAGAAUGUGGCAAGAGACAGUUUUGGAAGCAGUCCUGCCGUGUGGCAGUUCCUGCCCUUUCCCAGCCAUUUCAGCCGUGAGGAGCCCAGACCUUGCAUAAGCAGAGGCAGUUCUGCAUUAAAACAUUUAUUUUUUUUUUCCCCCACAGGAGGGGGGUCGCAUGGAGGCUGUAUGAUCCUGAACAAUGCUCCAGAUCCAUUUCUAUACCUCGUACUGGAGGAGAGGACACUUUCCUUGUUCUCAUUGUGUGAUCCUAGGCGCUCGUAUGCUGACCCAGGAGGUGCAAGCAGUGACUCCAGGGACCAGUUUUCUUUUUCUGGAAGAACAUAGCAGGCUGACUGUAUUUUCUGAAGAUCAGACUUUUCUGCUUUCCUGCCAAUGCCUCGAGCUGAAAGUGGAACUGAUGUUUUGAAACCUCCUCAAGACCAAUUUCCCUUGUUUCUUUAGUUUUAUAAAUAGAGGCUUUUGGCUUUAAGAAUUUGAUGACUCCUUUCCAGUGAAAACUCCUGAAAAUGAAAGGCUCCAUAGAAUUCAACAUGUUUUGGCAAGAAUUACUCAUUUUGUAGGAAAAUACUCGCUUUCAUCUUCUAGAUAGUUCUGCCAUUUAAGGGCUGUGCUCCUCUGAUGGCGCUCUGGCAUUUCUACAGCUAUAUAUGGAGUCUCUUUGGUGCUUGCUUGUGUUAUCCUCAGAGCUGAGUAAAGGCCAGGCCAGGAAGCCUUUGAUUGUAAAUCUCCCCAGGCCACCUUGGUGCCCUUCCUGAAUGCAGCAAAUGGGGAGCCAAGCAAGGUUUCUGUUGUGCAGGCUGCGGGAGCUGACUGCCACAGGUAUGGCAGAAGCACAAUUGUUCCCCCUUUACAAGGUGAGGAUAUUAAUCAUUAAACUUCACAAGUCAUAAAUAUGCAUAUCUGAUGGCUAAAUGGCCCCAAAAAAAUUCUUUGCCAUGGCUGAAGAUUGUCCCUUUCCUGUGGAUUCAUUAUCUCGGGGGCAGAUCACAACGAAACUUGACAGUCUUUAUAGACUUUCUUGAUUUAUGGGAAGACGUGGAGUUUUGUGCUUUGAAUAAUCGAGUGACAAACUAAACAAGGAAACUGCUGUCCACUGAAGCAAUGGGAAUUCUUCUGAAAAGACACGCCUCAUCCGAGAAGACCAAGAGUUUCCAGCAGAACUGAGCAGUGUGAGAUCCCUCCAGAAUUCUCAGUGGGAAAAAAAAUUAUCCUGGUGUUAUUGGAGACAUCAGCAUGCCUUUUCUGCUGUGCUUGAAAAAAAAGAAGUCACCUGUGCCUUUAGGCAGGAGUAUCUUUCAAAAGCACACCCCUCCCAUCCAGCAGAACUACCAGGCUUUGCUGGAGUCGUGCUUGAAGAACAAAUGCUUGUUCACAGACGACACCUUCCCUGCUCACAUCAGCUCCAUUGGAACAGGAGCUCUGCUAAAGAAGCUGCCCAGGAAUUUACAGUGGAAGAGGCCACACGCUUUGCACAAAAGUCCUGUAUUUUAUGCUGCACACAGAAGGCAGCUUGAUCUCUGCCAAGGAUUGGUGGAGAACUGCUGGUUCCUGGCGGCCCUGGAAGCCCUGACAUUCCACCAGGACAUCUUGGCUGCAGUUGUGCCACAAAACCAGAGCUUUGAGAGGAAAUACGCGGGCAUUUUCCACUUCCGGUUCUGGCACUUCGGGGAAUGGAUUGACGUUGUGGUUGAUGAUCUCCUGCCGGUGAAUGAGGCUGGGGAACUGCUCUUUGUUUCCUCAGUCUAUAAGAAUGUGUUUUGGGGAGCCCUUCUGGAGAAGGCAUAUGCUAAACUCUAUGGCUCCUAUGAAGAUCUGCAGAUUGGGCAAGUUUCAGAAGCCUUGGUGGAUUUUACUGGGGGUGUCAACACAAGGAUCAAGCUUGCAGAAGCUCCUCCUGAUCUGUGGGAUAUGCUAACAAGAGCCACCUACAGCAGAUCUCUCAUGGGCUGUCAGACGCACUUAGGGACAACAAAGGUCUUGAAGAAUGGGCUUGUUGCUGGCCAUGCCUACACAGUAACUGGUAUUAGGAAGGUGACCUGUCAAUAUGGACCAGAAAACCUAGUGAGACUAAGAAAUCCAUGGGGAAAGAUUGAGUGGAAAGGAGACUGGAGUGACAGCUCUUACAAGUGGGAGCUGCUGAGCCCAAAGGAGAAGAUUUUGCUGCGAAAAAAGAAGGAUGAUGGAGAAUUCUGGAUGUCUCUGCGAGAUUUUAAGAUUCAUUUUGUAGAUCUGGUGAUCUGUAAAUUAACUCCAGACCUGAUGAGCCAGGAAGAUGGGAAAAAGUGGAUGUACUCCUUGAAGAGUGGGAGAUGGGUUAAAGGAAGUACAGCAGGAGGAAGUCUGGGAUUCUGUAAUGGCAACUUUUGGAUGAACCCUCAGUACUGGCUGAAUGUGUUGCCAGUUGAAGACAGUAAGAAAAGCCCAAGUACGUGCAGCGUGGUUAUAUCCCUCAUGCAGAAACACAGCACCAAACACCGGAACCGAGCCCCUCACCUUUUCAUUGGAUUUUUACUCUAUAAGGUGGGCCUACAGUACCAGGAGAGCAACAGAAAGCUGCCCCCAAGUUUCUUCACCCGACAUCAGCCUGUGAACAAGCACCAGGUUUUCCUUGAUGAGCGGGAAGUGACUCAUGACUUCCAUCUGGAGCCUUGUGUCUACGUGAUUGUCCCAUCCACCCUGGAGCCUCAGCAAGAGUCUGAGUUCAUCCUGCGCGUCUUCUCCAGGAAGCACGUUCUUCGGGAAAUGGGCGGGAACACGAGCUUCACCCUCUCUAAGGAAAUUGUUGAUAGGUAUGAAGGCAAGAUUUGGGAGGAUUUCUUCACAAAGCAUUUUGAACAGAAUCCUGAAAUAAAUGCUGUUCAGCUCCAGAGGAUCUUGAAUAAUAUAUCUUGGAGAAAUUUCCAGAGUUUUCGUCUGAAUUUCAGUCUGGAUUCCUGCCAGGGUAUCUUGGCACUCCUGGAUCUGAAUGCCACUGGCACACUGAGUAUCCAGGAAUUCAGAGUCCUGUGGAAGAGGCUGCUUUUCUAUUUGGAAGUUUUCCAGAAGAGAGACACCAACAGAUCAGGAAAGCUUGACCUUGUGGAACUGCAUGCAGCUGUACAGGAGACAGGCAUUUCACUCAGCAAUGAAGUCUGUAAUUUGAUGGCAAUCCGAUAUGGUGACCCUGACUUACAGAUCAGUUUUGAGAGCUUUGUUUGCUUCAUGCUUCGAGUGGAGAUCAUGGGAGAGGCCUUUCGCAAUUUAACACAGGAUGGCAGAGGGAUAUACCUCCGGGAAUCUGAGUGGAUGAUGAUGACACUUUAUUCCUGAAGCAAUGCUGUAGAGGAAGAGACAACCAGACCUGUACCAGCACAAAGAAGGCUGCCUUGUUUCAACUUUUUACUUCAUAUGAAAAGUCUUCCUCAAGCAGACUUAACAUGAUGACCACAGACUUGGUGAACUGAAGUUUUACUAAUUUAUGUAUUUAUUUUGAGUCCUAUUUCACUUCAGACAACCUUACUAAGGAGAGACCAUUGGAUGCCAAUUACCACAAGUGCACAGUGGGACACCCUGGAGCAUGGUGGCUGAGUUUUUGGGGUCACCUACUUCGUGCUGAUAUAAGCACACAUUGUGGCGGGGCCCAGAGGCUGUGCUUGGUGGUGGGGCUCUUGAAUCUGGGAGGGAAAAGGCCCCUGUCGUGAAUAGCUUUUCAUCUGAUAGUGGGAUCACAGUUUUGUAGCUGCUAGGUCCAUGAUAGAGAGCUGGAAUCUGUGAGCUUCUGAGAAAGAAGGGGUGGAGACUCACAGAAUGAAUGAAUACUCUUCUCGAGCCCUGACUUGGAAAGGUGAUUUGCAAGCAUUCAAACCAUCUCUUUUGCUUUUAUAAGUAAACAUAGCUCUAUUGAAGUGGCCCUAAUUUGAUUUGACCAAGUGAUGAGCUGA